AUGGAUAGAGGAGGUUCAUCAUCCAGUCAAAAUGAUCUGAUGAACUCUCCGAAUAAUACAAAUCCAACAAAUUUAGACUUGUUCAAUAUUAUUAAAGAGUUGGUAACAAAAGUAAAUAAUAAUAAUAGUAGCGAACCUAAGAAAAAGAAAAAAGAGGAAAAGAAAUCAAAGAAAGAGGAUAAGAAGGAUGUUAAAACCAAAGAAAAUAAGAAAACAAAGAAGAAUGAAAAAAAGAAAAAGUCACAACAAUUAUCUCCUUCUACACCGCCUCUACUUGAGCAACCUCUUCCUCCUCCUUCUGUAGAGAUUCCGAUUCCUAGUGCUGAAGUGUUGGAUGAUUUAACGCCUCCGAUUAUGGAAGAAACAUGUGAAGUUUCCUUGUUGGCACAACCAAAUUUUGUUGAGCAAAUGCUUCAAAUGGAUGAAAUUGAGGAAGAUAGAAUGUAUGAAUCUCAUUCACAUUAUGAACCUGGAGAUGAGUAUGAAAAUGUAAUGGAUUUGGAUGAAGCUGAAUAUUGUGAUAUAAGUGAUGAAGAUCCAGAAAGAAUAGAACAUGCAAGAGAGGAAGAUCUCUUGAAAAGAAAAGAGGAAGAGGAAUGCACAAAUGAGGAUUUACUUGGAUUAUCAAAGCAAUUCCCUCAAAUGAUGUUGGAUAAAUUAUACUCACAUCAAAAGAGAGGAGUAAAGUUUCUUUGGGAAAAUCUUGCAAAGGGAAAUGGCUGUAUUCUUGCUGAUUUUAUGGGCAUGGGAAAAACUUUACAAACAGCUUCAACACUUUGUGUAGAUGAAGAUUUUAAGGAAUAUUUACUAAACCCAGGACCUGAUGUCAUAGUUUUGGAUGAAGGGCACAAAAUUCGUCAUUUAUCUUCAAAAAUUACUCGUGCUUUAAACUCUGUAAAUACACAAAAGAGGAUAAUUUUAACUGGAUAUCCAUUUCAAAACAAUUUAUUGGAAUAUUGGACAAUGAUUAAUUUUGUAUGUCCAAUGUACUUGGGAGAAAAGAAUGAAUUCAAGAGGAAAUAUUCCAAGCCAAUUCAAAAAGGACAACUCUCCAAAAUACCCUAUGAACGUAGAAUAGCUAGAAGAAGAUCAUGGCUAUUAUAUGAAAAAGUUAAAUCCAUCAUUUUGAGAAGAGAUGCAUCCCUUUUGAAAAAGUUGUUGCCUCAAAAACAAGAAAUUCUAUUGACCUUGUCAAAUAGUGAAAUUCAAAGAAAAAUGUACAAAAUUCUGAUUGAUUCUCUCAAAUUAAUUGGAAAGCCGAGUAUCUUCUGGACCUAUGAUGUGGUUAUCAUGCUUUGUAAUCAUCCAGAUGUUCUGUAUAAUUACUAUAAGUGGAAAGAAAAACAAGCAGAAACCCAAAAAAUUGAGAAGGAAGCCAAAGAUUCUAAAAAGAAGGAAAAAGAAUCGUAUUCAGCUGAAGAAGAAACAAAUAAUGGUGAAGUGUUUGAUCCCUCAAUAGAUGAUGAGGAGAUAGAAUCAUACAUAGAUAAAGAGGUUGAUACUGGGGAAGAAGGAAAAGAACCUCAAAAGAAGGAUAGUACUGAAGCAAUAGCAAAAACUAUUUUAUCAGAAAUAUUUAAAUGUCCAGAAAAUAUGGGAUACAAGAGAGGAGCACUAGAUAAUGGAGGUAAAAUGAUACUCUUAUUCAGUGUUAUGUUUCAAUGUAAAAGCGUAGGAGAUCGUCUCAUAGUAUUCAGUAGAAGUAUUAACACCUUGAAUUUCAUUGAAAACACUCUUAAACGAUACAAUAAGGAUAAGGAUGCAAAAGGUCAACUUAAUUUUAUGCGAUUUGAUGGAAGUACUCCAUUUGAUCAAAGACAAUCCUGUAUCGAUAAGAUUAACGAUAAUACUAACAAUAUUACAGUUCUACUUAUUUCAACACUUGCCGGUUGUGAAGAAAAUACCAAGUGGAUCAAACGAGCAGAUUUUAGAGAUCAAUUAUUACGAGAUGAUCCUCUCAAUAUUCUGACUGAGGAAGAAAAACAGUUGGCUCAUAGCGAAAAUGAAUUUGAAUCUGUUUAUGGAGCUAAAAGAAAUUAUGAUAGGAAAAAAGUAGAUUCAACUCAAGAACAGAAAGCCAAAGCAACUACUGUCCCAACGAUACCUAAGAGGCCAGAAGAGCCAAUUAAUACCAAUUAUCUCAAAGAUCAGGAAUCGCUUUGGUUGAGAAGACAACAAAUAAUAGUGGAAAAGGAAACUGUAGAAGCCUCAAAGCUUUUACAAAUUUUACAAACAAAAGAUAUUCCACUAACAGUUGUUCCUGAAAAACAAGUAGUUUCUACACCGCCUUCAACACCAGAAUCAAAACUAUCCCAUUCUAAAUUUGAAAAGGAAAAGAAUAAUAUUAUGAAACAAUUGGUUUCCAAAAAUAAGGUCAAUCCUGUUCCAAAAAACCAUCGUCCUUCUUCAAGCAAUACCACUUCAUUUGAAGAUCCAUAUGAAUUAGAGAUGGAACGAUCAAGAACGCAAUCUGAAUUUCAAAAAAAGAGACCUUACAAAGAUGUUAAUGAUAGCAAGGGUGGAGAAUACAGAAAUAACAGAAACCAUCCACCAUAUGAUUCUCGAGAUUACAAUAGCAGAGACAGAAGAGAUUAUAGAGAAAACCAUAAAGAUAGAGACUAUAGGGAUAACAGAGAUAACAAGGAACGCAAUUCUUAUUACAGAGAUAGUAGUAGAGACAAUACAGACAAGGAUAAUCGUGACCAGAGAGACAAAAGGCCCAACAAUUAUGAUACCAGCAAAAGAUACAAGAAAUAUUAA